CUCCGUGUCGCCUUGCUGCAGAACAGGGCCUUGAGCGUAUGUUUCACGCGCAGCAACGACCCCAGGGUCCGUCUGCAUAAGGGGCCCCGCCUAUCCGUGUCUAGACCACCUUCGGCGGCUCUCUUCGCCCGACCCGGAGGCCAGCAGCUGUUUCUUUUACUUGGCAAGCCGCCGGCGCCCACGAUUCUGUUGAAUAGGGCGCUCCCAAUGCCCGUAGCUCUGCUUGGGUUUUCCCUGGGAGCGAUUUCGAGAAGGCCGCGUAUGAUGCGCCUGCCGGCCUCGCGCGGGGCCGCCCUGUCGUCACCAGCGCAAUAUUUCUUCACUCUGCUCGUCUUCUGGCCUGUACUGCUCGCACUUCUGAGCACCAAAGACGCGCAAGGACGUCCUCUCGGGCGGUGGCGCUGGGCGGUCCGAUGCAUGACCGUCGACGCGUCCCGCGGGUGCUGGUUCGUUUUGCUGGAUUUAGGGCCUACUAAAUGGAUUUUGAUGCCAUCUCAGUUCUCCCCGAACGGCGCGAGGCUAUGCGGACGCGACCAGAUGCUCACCAGAUCGCUCCCGCGAAGGCGGGUGACUGGGUUUUUUGUCGGUGAUGGGGCUACUCAGGACGGCUGCUAGCAGUAGUGGGGAUGUCAUCGAUGAAGCACAUUAUACGCUAUGUGGGGCCAAGCAGCAACAGACA